AUGGAAGUGAUCAACAAUGAGGAGUUCGAAUCAUUGGAUGAAGGAUCAGACCAAGACAGAGAAAGAAGAGCUCUCAUAAGAAAUUUGGGAAAAGAAAAAAGGUGCAACCUUGGGUCAGUACAUAUACAGUCAUUCUCAGUGGGGCAAAAGUUUAAAAGUAAAAAAGAAUUAAAGGAGUUAAUUGAUGUGCACGCACUAGAAACAAGAAGGAAUCUAUUCUUUAAAAAAAAUGACAGUCAAAGGCUUAGGGCACAGUGCAGAGGAGUUGUACCUGUCAUCAAUAAAGGUCAAGUGGGGACUAAACCUACCACUUCAAAAAGCAAGGGCAAAGAAGGAUUACAAAUUGCAGUUGAUCAAUUGUUUCCCAAUGCUGAGCAUAGGUAUUGUAUUAGACAUAUUCAUGACAAUAUGAGAAAGAAGUGGGGGCAAACUGAGUACAGGGACCAUUUAUGGAGGUGUGCAUCAGCAACCACCAUUCCUGAGUUUGAACAUUUGAUGAAAGAGUUUAGUGAGUAUGAUAAGGAGGCAUGUCAAUGGUUGAAGCAAAUUCCUCCUGUACAUUGGGCAAGGAGUCAUUUCUCAGGAAGAGCUGUUUCUGAUGUGUUGAUUUCAAACAUGUGUGAAGUGUUUAAUGGGAAGAUAGAGAAAGGCAGGGACAAACCUGUGGGAAGGCCUAAGAAAAAAAGAAGACAAAGUGAGGGUGAAAGGUUAAGCAAAAGGCAGAAGGCAAGUGAAGGUGAUGGAGUCAAUGAGAUGCAAGGAGAAAAUUCCCAAGGGCCAAGAAAUGAUGGAGUGCAGAAGCUAUCAAGGAAACAUUUAUGGUUUGAUGAUGUGGUUAUGUAUGGUGCACAGACACUUGUAUGCUUAACUUGGUAA